AUGUCUGAUAAAAAAAUUUGUCAUUUAGGAUUGGUUUCCUUUAUUAUGUCCAUUGCAGGAUUUAUAUUGGGUAUGGAAAUUACAUCAUUAGCUGUCUUUUUAACUAGUGAAUAUUUUAAUCAAUAUUUUAAUAAUCCUUCACCUUUUCAACAAGGUAUUUUAAUGGCCUCUUCAACCUUCGGUGGUCUUUUCGGUUGUAUUAUCUAUACUUUGAUAGUAGCAAAGUGUGGCAGAGUCACUUUAUUCCAUCUUGGCUCCAUUUUAUGGUUUAUUGGCUCAAUUGUUGGGAUUUUUGUUUACAAUAUUUGGAUGAUUGCAGCAUCAAGAUUUAUUAAAGGUAUUACUAUUGGAAUUUUUUCAAUUUUAAUUCCUGCUUAUAUUAGUGAAUUAUAUCCAGCAAAGAAAAAGGGUAGGGUUAUGGGGUAUACUCAAUUAGCCUGCACACUAUCUACUCUUAUUAUUCAUUAUCUUUGUGUUGGAUUAAAUGAACUUGGAAAUGAUGUUUCAUUUAGAGCUGCUUGGGGGUUCGAAAUUUUACCAGUAUUAUUGUUUUUUGGUCUUACUUUCUGGUUACCUGAAACUCCACAAUGGUUAACUUUACAUGGGGACUAUACCAAAGCUCAAAUAAUUCAAAAUAAUGUUGCAACAAGUUACAAUUCAAGACAUAAUGAAGUUAAUCAUAUUGAUCUUUUACAUAAAAUCGAUUUAGCUGGUAUUUAUGGUGAUGGUUCAAAUGAUUUGAAAUACAUGGACCUUUUCAAGAAGCCUUAUUGGAAACAAACUCUUUUCGGAACUAUUUUACAAUUGUUAGUUCAAUUUAGUGGUAUCAACAUUUUGUUGUUUUACAUCACCUAUAUUUGUGAAAUGAUUGGUUUGAAAGGUGAGGAAAAAUUUGUUUGUGCUUCCAUUCCAUAUUUUAUUAACACUGGGUUAAGUCUUUUCCCAAUUAUGUAUAUGGAUCAUGUCAAGAGGAAAAUAAGUACCUUAUUUGGUGCUUUCCCUUUAAGUUUGAUAAUGAUUGCUAUAGGUGUUAUAAUGGCCGUAUUUGGUCAUAGUGUUAAACCUAUUGAUGGUAAUAAGUCCAUUGUUUGGUUUAUUGAAGGUAAACCGGGGCUUUGGAUCUUGGGGCUUUGCCUCCUUUUCGUUGUCAUUUUUGCUUUGACGUUAUCUUGUAUGCCAACAAUUUUUACAAGUGAGAUUUUUGAAUUGAAAUCAAGACCAAAAGGAAUGGCGUUCUGUAUUUCAGCUGGGUGGUUAUUAAACUGUAUUUUGACUUUGUUAGCACCCUUAAUGAUGGAAUAUUUGAAAUGGGGGACAUUUAUCUUACUUGGAGGUGUUACCUUUGUUGUUUCAAUUAUAAUUUCCAUCUAUGGUAAAGAAACUUAUAAUUUAAGUGAAAAACAGAUUUCUAGUUUGUUUGAUAAAAAUAAAAGGGGUAGUUUCACGGGUUCAAGUGAUGAUAAUAAAAGUACCAGUACUAAUGAGAAUACAACCAUGUCCAUUUCAAUCAAAUCCAAAGAAAACCCUGCAAGUCAACCUAUCAUUUUACAAAAAUACUCCGGGUCGUCAUUUUCUGUUUGA